AUGCGCUACAGCUCCUUGUGAUGUCAGCUGCCAACGAGGAAGUGAAGAGGGACAGACACUGGAAAGCCAAACAUUUGCUUGCGACCUCAUGCUGACUGGUCCAAGACUGGAAGAGGCUGUAUAAUCCCUUACUUCUUCAAACACCUCACCAUCACCCUCACAGCCCUCCACAACCUGGCUCCCCUUCACCAUCUGAACAUGCACACUUCCUCCCUGAGAUCACAGGAGAAGCAGAGGAGGAGAAAGGGUGUGUUGUGUGUGUGAGCAACCCAUCUAUGUCAAACACGGUUAAACACUGGAACCUGAUCAUCGGGUGUGGAAGGACAGCAGGACUCGGACAGGACUACUGAGAUUUUCUUGUGAAACAUUCUCCAACCUGCAUCUUCUAAGGCCUGCACAUGGCUGAAACAGACAAGUUGCGAAAUGAUGCAACUGACUGCCAACAAGAUAUUUGUUUAAGUGAUAUCAAAAAUGAGGCUGACGAAGGUAAAAAGAAGAAAGAAAAAAAAAUAACAGCACCCAAGGUUGGCCCAAUUAAAGUGUUCAGGUUUGCAGACAGGAAAGACAUUGUACUCAUGGUCCUUGGGACCUUGAUGUCCGUGGCGCAUGGAUCGAUAAUGCCUUUAAUGUCGGUCGUGUUUGGGGAAAUGACGGAUGGCUUUACACAACACUGGCUUUAUCAAGUCAACGCUAGUGACCACAAUUCCACCUUGAUAGUUCUUAACGACACCUUUCAGGAGGAGAUGACCACCUUUGCUGUCUAUUACUCCAUCAUGGGGGCCUUCGUGCUGGUGGCUGCCUACAUGCAGGUGGCCUUCUUUACGCUGUCGGCUGGACGGCAAGUGCUACGCAUUCGCAAGUGUUUCUUCCACAGCGUCAUGCGACAGGACAUUGGCUGGUUUGAUGUGAAUGACACAGGAGAGCUCAACACUCGUCUCACGGAGGAUGUGUAUAAGAUCCAAGAAGGUAUUGGAGACAAAGUGGGGAUGUUGCUCCAGUCCAUUUCCACUUUCAUCGUUUCCGUAGUGGUUGGGUUAUGGAAAGGAUGGAAGCUCACUCUGGUCCUCCUGGCCGUCUGCCCCUUGUUGGGUCUUACUGCUGCACUUUUCAGUGAGGUGGUGACAUCAUUCACUUCAAAAGAACAGGCUGCCUAUGCUAAAGCGGGGGCAGUGGCAGAGGAGGUGCUUUCUUCCAUCAGGACAGUGUUUGCCUUCAGUGGUCAGAAGAAAGAGAUUGAGAGGUAUCAUAAGCACUUGGAGGAUGCUAAGAAAAUGGGAAUAAAGGCUCUGUUAAGUUCAAACGUUAUCACGGGGUUCACCUUCAUGAUGAUAUACCUGUCUUAUGCGCUAGCCUUCUGGUAUGGGAGUACACUCAUUCUCAGUCAUGAGUACACUGUUGGAACUGUACUCGCAGUUUUAUUCGCUUUGCUUGUUGGAGCGUUUGCGUUGGGACAGACCUCACCAAACAUCCAGUCCUUUGCCCGUGCUCAAGGAGCUGCAUAUACAGUGUACAACAUCAUUGACAAUAAACCGAGCAUCGACAGCUAUUCGGAGAGUGGCUUCAAACCUGACUUCAUCAGUGGAAACAUUGAGUUCAAGAACAUCCACUUUCACUACCCCUCAAGGCCAGAAGUUCAAGUAUUAAACAACAUGUCUCUAAGCGUGAAGAGUGGACAGACUAUCGCCCUAGUAGGAAGCAGUGGCUGUGGGAAAAGCACCACCAUCCAGUUGUUGCAGAGGUUCUACAAUAUUCAGGAGGGAUCUAUAUUUAUUGAUGAACAUGACAUCCGUUCUCUGAAUGUCCGCUACCUGCGAGAGAUGAUUGGAGUGGUGAGUCAAGAGCCCAUCCUUUUUGCCACAACCAUCGCAGAGAACAUCCGAUACGGCCGAACUGACGUGACGCAGCAGGAGAUAGAGCAAGCUACCAAGGAGGCCAACGCUUACAACUUCAUAAUGAACCUUCCUGAUAAGUUUGAAACGCUGGUCGGCAAUCGAGGGAUUCAGAUGAGUGGAGGACAGAAACAAAGAAUUGCAAUUGCCCGAGCGCUAGUCCGUAACCCCAAGAUCCUUCUGCUGGAUGAAGCAACAUCUGCUCUUGAUGCUGAGAGUGAGACUAUUGUGCAGGCAGCACUGGACAAGGUCAGACUGGGUCGGACCACCAUAAUUGUGGCCCAUCGCCUCUCAACUAUCAGAAACGCUGAUAUCAUCGCUGGCAUACGGAAUGGAGAGGUUGUAGAGUUGGGGACUCAUAGUGAGCUGAUGGAAAAAAAGGGUGUCUAUCAUACUCUGGUCACUAUGCAGACCUUUCAAAAAGCAGAGGAGCAGGAAGAGUUUCAGCAGCAUGAAAAUACCCCAAUGUCCAUAACGGUCUCCGAGUCUUCCCUGCAAAGAAGACAUUUCUUUUUGGCUACAGAGGGAAAGGAAGAAGAGAAAGAGAAGUUGAUGGAUGCUACAGCUAAGAUAGUGGAGGAUGACAAAGUCCCACCUGUGUCAUUCCUUGACGUGAUGCGUUUCAACCUUCCUGAAUGGCCUUACAUUUUAUUUGGGAUCAUCUGUGCUAUACUCAAUGGAGUAAUGCAGCCUAUGUUUGACGUCAUCCUCUCCAAGUUCAUCGUUGUGUUUUUGGGUACUGAUCAAGAGAUCAUCAGAAAGCAGUCUCUAUUCCUUUCCCUCAUGUUUGUUGUUAUUGGAGUUGCAUCUUUUUUCACCAUGUUUGUACAGGGUUUUUGUUUUGAUAAAUCUGGAGAGAUUCUGACUAUGAAACUGCGACUGGCAUCUUUUAUGGCCAUGAUGAGGCAGGACCUCGGCUGGUUUGAUAACCCCAAAAACAGCAUUGGCGCUCUCUCAACAAGGCUGUCCUUGGAUGCUGCUCAAGUACAAGGGGCUACGGGACUACGUUUGGCCGCACUGGUCCAAAAUGUUGGUAAUUUGGGCACCUGUGUGAUUCUUGCCUUUGCAUAUGGCUGGGAGCUAACUCUACUUGCACUAGUGAUAGUACCCAUCAUGAUAGUGGCCGGAACUGUGCAGAUGGAGUUGAUAGCUGGGCACGCUGAAGAGGACAAGAAGGAGCUGGAGAUAUCUGGAAAGAUUUUUGCAGAAGCCACUGACAAUAUCCGCACUGUUGCGUCUCUGACCAGAGAGCCAUUAUUUGAGUCUUUGUACCACAAGAGCCUCCAAGUUCCAUUCGAAAACUCCCAGAAAAAAGCCCAUGUGCAGGGUAUAGUCUUCUGCAUAUCCCAAGCAAUGGUAUGCUUUGCUCAUGCGGGAUGUUUCCGGUUUGGAGCUUGGCUUGUUGACCAAGGACGGAUGGAUGUUGAGGCAGUGUUUUUAAUUGUUCUGGUGCUUAUAUAUGGUGCUAUGGCUGUUGGUGAGGUCAAUUCCUUCACUCCAAACUAUGCCAAGGCCAAAGUAUCAGCCGCUCACAUUGUGAUGCUUCUGAAAAGAGAACCUACUAUUGAUAAUCUCUCAGAGGAAGGACAGCCACUGAACCAAUUUGAUGGUAAUGUGCAAUUUGAGGGUGUGAAGUUUCACUACCCAUCACGCCCUAGUGUACCCGUCCUCCGAGGGCUGAAUCUGAGAGUGUGCAAGGGAGAGACUCUGGCCCUGGUAGGAAGCAGUGGCUGUGGUAAGAGCACAACCAUCCAACUGCUGGAGAGGUUCUACGACACCACGCAUGGGACAGUGAUGCUUGAUUCCACGAGUGUGAAAGACCUGAACAUCCACUCGAUGAGAUCCCAUAUAGGUAUUGUGUCCCAGGAGCCUGUGCUGUUUGACUGUAGCUUGGCUGAAAACAUCGCCUACGGAGACAACAGUCGCACUGUAACCAUGGAGGAGAUUAAGGCGGCUGCUGAGGCAGCCAAUAUUCAUAGCUUUAUUGAAAACCUGCCACAGAAGUAUGACACUCAGGCAGGGGAUAAGGGCACCCAACUGUCAGGUGGUCAGAAACAACGAAUAGCCAUUGCCCGAGCCAUCCUCCGUAACCCCAAACUGUUGCUUCUGGAUGAGGCCACAUCUGCACUCGACACUGAGAGCGAGAAGGUGGUGCAAGAGGCGUUGGACAGAGCAAGGCAGGGGAGGACGUGUAUCGUUGUAGCCCACCGUCUGUCCACCAUCCAAAACGCAGACCGCAUCGCUGUCUUUCAGGGCGGCAUGGUGGCAGAACAAGGGACACAUCAACAGCUGUUAGCCAAAAAGGGAGUCUAUCACAUGCUGGUCACGACCCAGAUGGGUCAUUGAAGGGAAUGAGAAUGAUUAUUCUUGUUAUUCUUAAAUAGUAGUUGACUGUUUGAAUGUACUAGAACAGCGUUGCCAUGAGUGCUUUUUGUCGACCUGUUAAAGCUCAUAGAUUCUGGAAAGCAUCACACAAGUUGCCUUUUUGUCAAAUCUCUUGUUUAGCCUGCUUUUGUGUCUUUUAGAUUGGGGUUGUGGAUUAUUUGCUAGCUACCUUUUUUUUUAAUGGUUUAAAUUACAUUUAUGCACACUUUUACAGUAUUUAUAUACAAUAUGUAUGUAUGUAUGUAUGUAUGUACUUUAUUUAUCCCACAGCGGGGAAAUUUACUUGUUACAGCAGCAAGCAAGCAAGAUAUGCAAGUAAAGAGUACAGUGUAAAGAAUGCAUAGUGACUACAACAUGGUUCAGGUGGUGCAGGUGUUGUAGAGCCUGACAGCGGUCGGUAUGAAGAACCUGCGGAACCUCUCCUUCUUACACCGUGGGUGUAACAGUCUGCUGCUGAAGGAGCUGCCCAGGGAAACAACAGUGUCAUGUAGUGGGUGAGAGGUGUUGUCCAUGAUGGAUGUCAGCUUAGCCAACAUCCUUCUCUCCCCCACUUCCUCCACGGAGUCCAGAGGACCGUCCAGGACAGAGCUCGCUCUCCUGAUCAGCCUAUUGAUCCUGCUCCUGUCCCUGUCCGUGCUGCCCCCUCUCCAGCAGCCCACAGCAUAGAAGAUGGCUGAGGCCACCACAGAGUCAUAAAAGGUCCGUAAGAGAGUCCUGCACACACCAAAGGACUUCAGUCUCCUCAGCAGGUGGAGGCGCCUCUGGCCCUUCUUGUAGAGGGCGUGGGUGUUGACAGACCAGUCCAGUUUGUUGUUAAGGUGAACAUCCAGGAAUUUGUAGCUGUCUAUCAACUCUAUGUCCGCUCCCUGGAUGUUCACCGGUGUGAAAUGGGAUGUUUUCCUCUGGAAGUUAAUGAUCAUCUCCUUUGUCUUGCUGGUGUUGAGUUGCAGCUGGUUAAGCUCACUCCAGCUGACAAAGUCCCUGAUGACCGUCAUGUAUUCCAGAUCAUUCCCCUCUGAAACACAACCAACGAUGGCUGUGUCGUCAGAGAACUUCUGGAUGUGACACUGUGUGGAGUUGUGUGUAAAGUCCGAGGUGUAGAGGGUGAAGAGGAAAGGGGAGAGCACCGUACCCUGAGGGGCACCUGUGCUGCGUGCUGUGCUGAGUACCAUGUCAGACACACAGUGACGGAGCCUCACAUACUGUGGUCUGUUGGUGAGGUAGUCUAUAACCCAUGCAGUCAGGUGUUGGUCCACUCCCACACUCUCCAUCUUCACUCUGAGUAGUGACGGCUCGAUGGUGUUAAAGGCACUGGAGAAGUCAAAAAACAUGACCCUCACAGCGCUCCCGCUGUCCUCCAGGUGUAGCAGUGAUCUGUGCAGCAGGUAGAUCACUGCGUCGUCCACUCCGAUCCGAGGCCGGUAAGCAAACUGCAGGGGUCCAGCUGAGUGCCCACCAGGGGUCACAGGUACUGCAGGAUAAUCCUCUCCAUGGUCUUCAUCAGGUGAGAGGUCAAGGCAACAGGCCUGAAGUGGUUAGGCUCCUUGGGACGCGGUGUCUUUGGUAUCGGGACCACACAGGAGGUCUUCCACAGGGCCGGGACUUUCUCCAGGCUCAGGCUGAGGUUGAACAAGUGCCUGAGAACUCCACAGAGCUGGUCAGCACAGUCCUUGAGGAUUCUAGGGCUGAUGCCAUCCGGUCCCGGGGCCUUUCUUGCCUUGAUCUUCCU